GAAGAUAAUUCAGAAGAGGAAACUGGUAGAAAAAUGCUUACCAGACAUGCAGCUCAAGUCAAACCAGCUUCUGAGGAAGAGGAGGAAGAGGAGGAAGAGAUGGCUGAUGAAGAAACUAAAGAGGAUGAAGUUGUUGAUGGGAAAUGUACUGAAGGUUCUGACAAAGUCAAAGUGAGAUACAAAGAAGGCAAAGGUGAAGAAGCUGCUAAUGGAGACGAUGAUGAAGAGGGUAAGAAUCAAGAGGAGGAUGAGGAUGAGGAUGAUGAUGAUGAAAUGCCACAGAUGAGGCGCACAACAAGAAGUUCACUUGAAGCAGGAGGAGGGAAAAUUGAAGAUACAGAAGAGGAGGAGGAGGAAGAAGAGGAAGAGGAGGAGCCUCCACCUGUAAGACCACCACCAAGGAAGAGUAGAAAGUAUGGAGCUCAGGACCCAAUCAUUGCCCGUGCUUUGGCCUCAAAAGUUCCGUUUGAAGAUCUAUAUCCACGAGUGAAGAGGGAGAGACGACCUGUGAAGCGCUUUAUGUAUGAAGAGGAGGAGGAAGAAGUUAGCACAAGGAGAAUUCGCAAACGUGUAACCUCAUCUGAUGAGAGUGAUAAUGAUAAAGAUGAGGAAGAAGAGGAGGAUGAGGAUGAGGAAGAGGAGAAUGAGGAGCAGAAUGGAAAUCGAUAUUCACUCAGACAAAACAGAAGAGAAAUCAGGCCAUUCCAAUUAUCUUCUGUGGAGAAAUCAUCUAGGUCCAGAAGCUACAGAGAGGACACUCCACCAAGAAGACAUCACAGAAAUCGCAAGAGAUAUGUCAAUUCUCCAGCAAGGAAGCAUAUGUUCCAUUUAAAGCGGAGGGUAAGGGCUGCACACAAUUCAUCAAGUAGCAGCAGUAGUUCAGAUGAAAGCCACUUCGAAAAGAGUAAAAUGAGAAGUAUGGCUAAAUCUCGCAACCGCUGCCUCCCCAUGAAUGUCAAACCUGAUGACUUGAUUACAGGUGCCUUAAAGGAUAGAGAGAAGAUAGGAACAAGUUUGGCUGACAUUGAUCCAAUGUCAGUAGACAGAGGUGUUAACUUUGACUCUGUGGGUGGCCUGGCCCACCAUGUAAAGGCCCUCAAGGAAAUGAUUAUCUUUCCUCUUGUGUAUCCUGAGGUUUUUGAAAGGUUUAAGAUCACUCCACCAAGGGGUGUCCUCUUUUAUGGUCCACCAGGAACAGGUAAAACUUUAGUUGCAAGAGCUUUAGCCAAUGAAUGCAGUGCUCCUGACAAAAAGGUUGCUUUCUUCAUGCGUAAGGGAGCAGAUUGUCUUAGCAAAUGGGUUGGAGAGUCCGAAAGGCAACUUAGACUUCUCUUUGAUCAGGCCUAUCAGAUGCGUCCAUCCAUAAUUUUUUUUGAUGAGAUUGACGGUCUUGCUCCUGUACGAUCAUCACGACAAGAUCAAAUCCAUUCCAGUAUUGUAUCAACGCUUUUAGCUCUCAUGGAUGGUCUUGACUCCAGAGGGGAGGUUGUCAUCAUUGGAGCAACUAACAGGAUUGACGCCAUUGAUCCUGCCCUCAGGAGGCCAGGCCGUUUUGACCGGGAGUUUCAUUUUCCUCUGCCAUCAGCUAAGGCACGGCAGGAGAUUCUUAAGAUCCACACAAAGAGUUGGGAGCCGCUACCAAGUCAGCGUUUGCUUCAUUACCUUGCCGAGCAGACUACUGGUUACUGUGGUGCAGACAUCAAGAGCUUGUGUGCUGAAGCAGCUUUGGUAGCACUAAGGGGGAAGUUUCCACAGAUCUACUCAGCAAAGCAGAAGCUCCUCAUUGAUGUUUCAAAGAUCAGUAUAAAAGUAGCUCACUUUAGGGUGGCAAUGACCAAAAUAGUGCCAGCUGGACAAAGGUCUGCAGCUGGAGUGGGACGACGUCUCAGCUCCAAUAUUCAGCCCCUAGUUCAGUCCUCUCUGAACAGGAGCUUAGCUCUCCUGAGAGAAAGUUUCCCUCAUGCCUUUGUCAAGUCCAAGCUUGCUGCAAAGAGCCGUAGCACCCACCGUCCGAGACUACUUUUAACUGGAUUGAGGACACAGGGACAGAGCACACACCUUGCUCCAGCUAUCAUUCAUUCCCUAGAGAAGGUCCCCACCCACAAGCUAGAUCUGGCAGCCCUUUACUCAGUAUCAGCACGAGCACCAGAAGAAGCUUGUGCCCAGGUAUUCCAUGAAGCUCGGCGGAAUCUACCAAGCAUCGUGUAUGUUCCACACAUUGAUCAAUGGUGGGGAACUACAUCUGAAACAUUACGGGCUACCUUCAUGUCAUUGCUGUUGGAUCUAGAUCCCACAGCCCCUCUCUUGUUGCUUGCUACAUCUGAUGUCCCAUAUGAUGAUCUGGAUGAAGAGGUCCAGAUGUUAUUCAGCGUUUAUAGGGAAGAAGUGAUGACAAUGGUUAAUCCCAGUGAGGAAGAGAGACAGCAAUACUUCAAGCCUUUAUUUUAUACAAAUAUGCUUCAGAAGCCAAAGGUCCGAACUGGCAGGAAAAAGUUGGAAGAACUGCCUGUGGCACCUGCUCCUGCACAUCGGCAGCUUACCAGCAAAGAGAUAAGAAAAUUGGAAGAAAUUGAAGAAGCCACACUCAGGGAACUGCGUAUAUUCCUUCGGGAAAUAUGUGCCAAGCUAGCUAGAAAUAAAACGUUUUAUAUAUUCACAAAACCUGUAGACGAAGAGGAGGUACCUGACUAUCGCGAGAUUAUCAAAGAACCAAUGGAUCUUGAGACAAUGAUGACCAAGAUCGAUCAGCACCAAUAUGAAUGUGCUCAGGAAUUCUUGAGAGACAUUGAUCUGAUCUGCAACAAUGCUCUGGAAUAUAAUCCAGAUAAGAAUCCUGAAGAUAAGAUAAUCCGUCAUCGAGCCUGUACUCUGCGAGAUACUGCUUAUGCCUAUAUAAAAGCAGAGAUGGACACAGACUUUGAAGAUCGAUGUAGAGACAUAAGAGAUAAUCGCACAGAACGCAAGAAGAUAUACUCAGAUCCUGUUCAGAAGAGUACACCCAGCUUUAUCAGUGUGGCACCACCAAAAGCUACAGUUGAAGAGGUGAAGACUGGUAGACUAUCGGAACCUGUAACACCACACACAACGAGGCCAGAUGUGACAGAUCAACAAGCAAAGACAACAGGGGAUAUCCACAGACGACGCAAAAGGAGAUAUAGAAGUGCUUGGUCUCGAGGUGAAAUCAAGCCAAAGAAAAGGAGAAUAAUUGAAAAGGAGACAACAGAAAAGAGAGAAGAGGUAGAAAAUUAUGAGGCAAAAACAGAGGAGGAAGAGGAGGAGGAAGUGGAUAAUAAAGAAAAAGUGGAAGAGAAUGGAGAGAAGAGUGAGGAAGAAGUAAGUGUUCACUCCACAGAUAAUUCUGAUGAUGAAGUGAAGAGAAAGGCAGGAGAUAAGCAAGAUCCCACAAUUCAGGUACAUGUUGAGUCUGAGGUUGCACUUUAUAAUGGCCACCUGAGCACAGAAGACAGUCAUGAUAGUAUGAAGGUUACAUCAGCUGCCGAUGAACUUGCAGCAAAGGCAUCUACCUCAAAUGUCAGUGAUGUUCGAGAUGGCAGCAAGGAUGAGAGAGAUGAUACAAGCCAGGACACUACCAUGGAAACAGAAGAUUCUGUUGUGUCCUCAUCAGAGCAAGGUGGUGGUGGUGGUGGUGGUGGUGGUCCCACAGAGAAUAAUGGAGUCUUGAUUGACUGGAGCCACCUUGAGGCAGUGUACGAGUCUUGUAUCUCUGCUACAGGGGAUGCUACUGUAGAUGAUCUCCAACGACUCUAUUCUGCAAUUACUGCCCUUAUUCACAAGCACCUCCCAAAUCCCAAUAAGAUGCAACUUCUACAGGAUACUGAAGUUGAAAUAAGAAGAUUUACGCAGUUCCACAAGACAACUUGAAGCUAGCAGUGUUGUGACCUGUUGAGUGUAGAGUGCAAUGAAAUAUUCUUUUAUUCUGACAUUAUAGACAUCAGCUAAUGUCAGGAUUGUUCUGGCUUAGUUAUAUUUUGUAUUCUCUUUUUAAGUAUUUAUAUAAUUCUUUGUCUGAAUAUUUUCCUGUCAUUAAUAAAGACCUGAAAGCUGUAUCUUUAUUAGAGUUUUGUACUUUUGCCAAAGUUUCAUACUGUUGAGAAAUUUUGUACCCAUUUUCUCUGCAGUCUAGCUUUGCUGAUCUAGGUACAUUAAAUGUAUGAAUUAAGGAUAUGUUUUGUCAGUUUUAGUUAGGGUGUGGUUAUUAUGUUGCAGUGACUGGAUGGCGAAUUAUGAAGAUAGUAUUCUCAACCUGUAAUCCUGUAUAUAUGUGUGCUGUCUUGAAUGUAUGCAUUCCCAUAGACACGUGCUUGUGCGUACAUGUAAGCUGGUGGUACAGAUGUGCUUAUAUCAUUCACUUCAUAAAUGUUGUAUUAUUAUAUCAUUAAAAAAUCACUAGGAAAAUUAAUAAUUCCUUUGUUGGUACAUAACAUUCUUCAUAAUGUACUGUCUGGUCACUUCAAGCCAAUUCUAUUUCCUUGCUCAAGUAACUCAAUAGUAACUAGCCCAGAUAGGUACAGUAUUGUGCGAUUCUGCCACUGCCAGCAACAGCAUCACCCAUCAACCCACACUGCCACCCACACUGCCAGUCUCCGCAGGUUUCCAUUUUAAGGCUUUAUUUGAGAAAUGUGAAAUUACAGGAAAGUAAUUUAUAUCUGCACUGUAAUACUCUCCCAUGUUGAUGAUCUAAACCUAACCAAAGUUUUGCCAGUACAUAGUGUGUUUUAAAUUUUACAGUUUCAAGCAGAAGUGGUAAAACUUGUUUAAUAGCCUCCUUUGCCUUCAUUCUUUUAAGUGUAGAGGUAAGAAGAUAUUGGGUACAACUCUUGAAGUAACUUUGUCAUUGAGUGUGGAUUUAAUUUCUAAUUUGUAAAUUAUGCCAAUAUUUUUGACAGGAAUUAGAUCAAAGAGGAAAUUUAAUUUGAGAAGGGAAUUAUAAAUGUAAAGUUAAUAGCAAGAGUUUAAAAAUGUAUUAUAGAUAUUAUUUUCAUAUGCCCACUGAAUUAGAGAUAUGAAAUAAGAGGUGGAUUGAGAAAAAUACUAAUGCUUCUUGAUGUGAAUUUUGGUGACAGAUUAUCCUUUAAGCAGUUUUGAUUAAAAAGGAGGCAUACAGAAGGGUAUUGGGAUCAAUAAUAUUUUUGAGAAAGAGGCAAGUGGAAUUGAUAGACGCAUUUGCAAAUUGUGAUAUGUGAUAAAUCUUUUUGUUGUGGCAUUAUUUCUUGUUUCCGUUCCUUUUGUAGUGCCUUAUUGUGGUUCUUUAUUCCUUAUCUUUAUAUUUUUACCCUAUAGCUCCAGCAUUCCUAGGGCCAAAGAUUUGUUAACCAUUAAGUUACUAGUAAAACAACUGCCCAGGAUAAUUUGGUCUUUGUCCUCACCAUGAUUCACCAGGAUGUAGUAGUACUCCAGUCUGCCAGAAAUUAUCAGAUUAGCUCAAGACAUAAAAUUAGGUUUUGUUAGUGUUAUCAGUCGUAUGUAUAGAGAGAGAAAUAAGUUUUAAAUUAAUAAUUCCAGAUGUUCGUACCAGAAUCCUAUUCCAGAUCUCAGUGAUGAACCUAUUGAACCUUGAACUAUAUGGUGUUAAAUAUUUAACUCAAAUCCUUUCAGUAGGCGACUGUAAUGAAUUGGACAAGGAAAAUUCAUUUUAUAACUCAUUCAUUGUCACCUGACGUCAUAUUUGCAUAACUGUCUUAUUAUUAUUGCAACUAUUAUUAUUAUUAUUAUUAUUAUUAUUCCCCAGUAUAUAUGUCUGUGCUGCCUUUGAUUCUCUUUUCCAUCAUUAAUCAACUUCGCCACUUUUAAUAUAUUAUCAUAGCAAGAAUGUACAUUUGUAAAUGUGAAUGUACAUUCUUGGAAUAACAUCUUGCACUCCAUCAUUUCUUCAUAGUCUUAGUUUCUGUAAUUCCAGAACAGAAAAGAAAGUGUUUCUAUGUAUAAUUUUUUAGGGAAGAUUUAUUUAUUGAGUGUAUUUUGUUCUGUAGUAAAUUUCAUCAAAGUUUACCGGUGAUAAAUCAAUUUAGAAACCUGGAAUUGCCCUGCAAGCACUGGAUAUAUCCAUUAGAAUUAGCAUCUCUAAUUCAGGUAUGCACUUUUAAGCAUUUGUGAUGUUUAUAUACAUUAUAGGCAUUACAGGUAUACUUGACACAUUUUCAUUCACUCAGGUUAUAAAUCAAAUUAAUUCUUGUGUAUAUAGGGCUUUAAUAAGUUCUUUUUUAUACUGGAAACAAUGUUUUACCAAGAA